AUGAACAACUAUCACAUUUAUGAGGAAGUAGGACGCGGAAAAUACUCUGUCGUCUACAAGGGAAGAAUCAAGAAGAGCAUAAAAUACGUAGCGGUUAAGUCUGUCGAGCGAUCUAGGAGGAAAAAACUUAUGAAUGAAGUCAGAAUAUUCCAUGACUUAGCACAUCGCAACAUAUUAAAGUUUUACAAUUGGUACGAAACAAGGAAUCAUCUUUGGAUAAUAUUUGAGUACUGUGCUGGUGGUGAUUUAUUUCAGUUAGUAGAAUAAGAUAAAAAGUUACCAGAGGAGACAGUUAGAAAAUUUGGCAUUGAAUUAGUUGAAGGACUAUCAUAUCUCCACGAAAACGCAAUUAUUUACUCUGAUUUAAAGCCUUCAAAUAUUCUUCUCAAUGAAUAUGGGGUACUUAAACUUAGCGAUUUCGGUCUUUCUAAGAAAAUAUCUGAAUUAACUCAACCUGACAAUGAUCCUUCGAAACCAAAAGCUGGCACUCCUUAUUACAUGGCUCCGGAGUUAUACUAAGAUAAUGGCAUACAUAGUUUUUAUUCAGAUUUCUGGUCCUUGGGUUGCUUAUUAUUUGAAAUGGCAACUGGCAAGCCACCUUUUUGCACAAAUUCUUUGAAAGAUCUGAUUGCAAUGAUCAUUCAAGCUGAUUUUCCAAGAGUUGAAGGCUUUUCAGUCGAAUUCAAUGACUUAUUAAGGCGACUACUUGAAAAGGAUCCUAUUAAGAGAAUUAAUUGGGAAGAACUCAAAUAGCACGCAUUUUGGCAAACAGGGGGUAAAUAAUAUGACUUCAUAAGAAGAGUUUAUCCCGCAUAACCUUAAUUUGAUGUCUAUCUUCGAUAGAGAAAUAUCGUUCCAGAGCAUUUUUAUUCUUAGAGAGCUAAUCCUCUUGCAAAAUUAUUUUAAGUUCCAGACAUUGGCUCUAAUAAAGUUGAUAUUUUAAGAUUAUCUCACAAUGUAAGAAGAAAUCUGAAAAGAGAGGAAGAAGAGGAAUCUACAGAUAAAUAUGGAUCAAAUAAUGCAGCAAUGCAGUAAGAAUUCUAAAAUUUUGCAAAGAAUCCCCCAAAUAAUAAUUCUGGCAUGGCAAUUGCUGGAGCAGCUGCAUUGAUGAUGGUUGGAAAUGGCAACUAAAUCAAUAAUCCAAGUUAAAAUUAGAAUGAAAUCAACCUUCAUAUAGGAGAAGAUGACAUAAAUUUGAAUAAUCGCAGAAUAGUUCUUAAUUUCGGAGAAAAAGGAGAUGAUACUGACAGUGAUAACUACAGAUAGGGGAAUAAUACAGAUAGCGGGAGUAACACUCCUAGCAGUUAAAUUAACUAAAAUCCAGAUUAAGAUCCUUAUGAGAAAUAGAUGUUGAGAGGAGACAAAUAAAUUAAUCAACAGCCAUUAAUUAAUAAUAUCUUUUAGAAUCAUAGAGGAAGUGAUUCAAGCAAUCAUCCUAAAAGUCAUAGUGCUCAAAAUAUGGCUUAUGAGAUCGAACAAUAGCAGCCAGAGGAUCAUGCUUAGAUUAUUAAGUAGUAAAUGUAUCCUCCUUCUAAUAAGAAAAACUCUGCUGGAAAUACACAUACAAAGCAGCCUCCUCAAAAAUAACAUUCAGCAAAUAUAACUUUGUCUUCUCCUACACAUAAUAACAUACUAACUGAUAAUUCAACUCUAGGUAAUAUUUCAAGUUUUUCAGGCAAGUAGCCAUAAGCAUAAAGGGAUCUUAGCAAGAUUUUGAAUCAAUAAGCUGCUCAAUCAUAGCAACAAUAGUAAUUCAUUUUGCAAUAAUAGCAGUAACUUCAAGAUUAUAACACUUAUAAUACUUAGGCUACUAAUAAUAGUGCCUUGAAUAUGAUACCAAAUAUUCCACCAUAAGUCAAUCAAAAUAUACCAAAUCCAAAUUAAUAAAUGAAAGUCCCUUUGAAGACAAUUGAUCAAUUAUUGAUUCAUAAUUCUGACUCUGCUGUAAAGCCAAUUAUUGGAAAUAAAGAAAUCGAAAAGUAAGUAGAAGCUGUUUAUGAUGUGAAUCACCUAUCAUUUACACCAUGGACUCCUGAGCAAAUAUUGCAAAGAAUUGAAACAGCUCAAAUUGAAAAUCACUUAAAUGAACUCUAUAACGCAAUUGGAUCUAAUAAUAUUGUCAAUUAGAAAGUUCAUGCACUUCUCUAUUUUGAAUCAAUAAUUGUUAAUAGUUAAAUCAGCAACAGAUUAAUUAAUAGUGCUUUCAUGAACUUAUUGGUCAAAAUGAUGAAGACAAUUAAAACUCCCCAGAUUAGAAUUCGACUCUGCUCAGUCAUAGGACUCCUUAUUAGACAUUCAACAGUUAUAGAGAAUGAUCUUGCUCAGAGUGAUAUCUGCAAUUAAUUGAUUGAAAUAAUGAAGGAUAAGAACGAAAAAGUUAGAAAGAAGGCAAUAGCUGCUCUUGGUGAAUAUAUGUUCUACGCAGCUACUCAGUUAGAUGACGAACAGGCUGAUUCGUGUUGGGAAAUAUCAGAUGAUGCUAUUGCGGUAAUAAUUAGAUCUCUGAGAGAAUAAGAAGAUGAAACUGUCAGAUUUUAUGCUUGCAAGACUCUAGAAAAUAUUACUGCUUAAAGUAAUUCAGCUGGGGAUAGAUUUGCAACAGGGGAAGCAGUAAAUUUCUUACUCCAAAUGUUCCUUGCAGCCCCUCAAAUGAUUAAUGACAAUUUAAGGACUUCAGCUGCUGUUGCUCUGAGCCAUAUUUGCAAGCUUUAACCUAGAUUAUUUGCUUCAAUAUUCAACAAAGUCUCUUCCAAAAUGUUUUGUUAUACUCUAAUUGAAGGCAACUCUAGAGUUUAAUAGGCAUUCAUCACUAUGCUAAAUUAGGCUCUCUCAUAAGGAACAUAUCCUAAGAUUAACGAAGUACUGCUAAAUGAAGAAAAUUUCCUUCGUUCACUAAUUAGGUUAAUUGAACAUCAAUCAAUCGUAAUAAGAGGGAAAGUUUUGCUAACAUUCUUACUUUUAUUCAGGAUGGACUUUAGAUGGAUGGCAAUGUUUGAUCCAGAGGUAAAGUUCUUCCACAUUAUUGAUAGAUUAUCAAGAGAUCACUAUAAAUAUGUUCAAUGCUGUCUAUAAUGUCUUAUUGUCGGUAUCGAUGAGAUUAUUCCAAAAAUAUUCUAGACAAUAUCUGAAGAACUCUCCAUUCUUUUAAAUGGAGGUAGAAGUGGAAGUUAAUCAGAGUUUGAUAAGAAAAUAAGUAGAUCAGAGUUUGAACUAUUAUAAGGAAAUCUAGUUUAUAUUGCUAUCAUUCUUGAUCUUUAGCAAGCCCAAAUAGUCAAGAACAGAAUCCUUAAUGAAAAGUUCAUCAGAAAUAUUGCCAUUUUUAUCGAUCAUUGUGAGAUUCAUUCAUUCUAAGGGGCUGAAGAAUUCUUGCAUGCUCUCCUUCUUAUCAAUGAAAAUCUUUCCUCAAAUUAAAAGAUUCUUUUGUAAAUGAAUGAACCGAUCUUGAAUUAUAUGCUGAAGGUAUUACUUUCAAAAAUAAACAGCAAAAGUGCGGAUAUAAGAUUUCUCUCAUUAAAGAUAUUCACUGAUAUCAUAAUCUAAUAUCUAAAUGAUGAAAGCAUUUAUGAUGCCAAAGGAAUAGUUAGUGACCAAAUGAUAUCUGAAAAUGGGAAUAAUGUAAAAGCUACCACAAAAUAUAUCAAUGAUCUAAUGCUCAAAGAACUUUUCCCACUAUUCAAGUUAAUCCUAUAAGAUACAGAUCCUGUUCCAUUAUUUGGGCUAAAACUAUUAUCAGCAAUAGUAGAGAGAAAUUCAGACUUUGUAUAGCUCUUCAAAAGAUUUGAUCUUAUCAGAUAUAUUUCAGAAAACUAUAUGGUCAAUCAUUCCAGGCUAAACAGACAUACAAUCAACAUUUUAAAAUCAAUACUUGAAUCUAAAGAACUUACUUUCACAGAAUUAGCUUAGUACAGAAUAAUUGACAAAACUCAUGAAAUCAUAAAGAAUAUGCUUAAAAACAAGCAAGAUUGGUGCACAGAGAUUCUACUCGAUAUUAUUCAUGAAAUUCUAACUCAAUUCAAUGAUGUGGUUAAAGCCAAAGAGGGAGAAAUCUCAAAGUUGAUAGACGAAAUAUUCAAUAACUUUGAUAUCUGCGUCUAGUUACUCUCAACUCAAUUCGAAAUUCAAAUAAUUGAAAAGGCUUCAUAGUGUCUAAUUCAAAUGCUUCAGCUAUAUGCCAUGUGCUAAUAGAAAAAGAGAGAAAUAUACUUUGUUGAGGGACAUAUGAAUUAUCUUAUUAGCGCUCUAGAAACAGAUAAAAAGAUCAUUCACAAGAGAGUGCUAAAAUGUGUUUAUUGGGCCCUGAUCUAAAGUGAGUACCAACUUAAACUACCCAAAGAUAGGAAGUUGGCUUUAGAUAAAAUUAUAGGAAAACUUAUGCUAAGUGAUGAUAGAAGUAUUAAUAACACGAGCAAAGAAAUUUAAAAAAUUCUAACGGACCAGUAGUUAGGAGGAAUAGAAGGUCAAGGAAAUAUGAGUCAAUAAAUGGUUAUGGGAUCUGGUGGAGGCUAAUAAGUGAACUUUUACCACAAUAUGAAGCAAUAAUGA